AUGAGUGUAUUAUCUCCCUCCUUAGUGCCUCCCCGGCGCCUGUUGGUCUACAUUGAUCCGGACACUGAAGUUCGCGGCGUAGUAGGGCCCUUCCUGGAGGGGGAGACGGUCACCCUCAACUGUCGGGCGGAGGGCGGGUCGCCGCCCCCGAGCGUCACCUGGUGGGAGGGCGCCGUGCUCCUGGACAUGACCUCGGAGGAGGAGACGUCCGAGCAGGUGACCAACACCCUGGUGGUGACCUCGCUAACGAGACGUGACCUCCACCGGCCGCUGACGUGUCAGGCCAGCAACACCAACCUCACCAGGCCGCUUCAGACCACCGUCACCAUCAACAUGAGCUUUCCUCCCCUGUGGGUGAGAAUCCUGGGGGACAGAGCGCCCCUCAGUGCCGGACGCCCGUACGACCUCCAGUGCCAAAUUGUAGGUGCCAAGCCUCCAGCUGCCGUCACCUGGCGCCUCCAAAACAGCGUACUUGGCGGCCAUAGAGACGAGGUCUCCCAGGAAGGCAACGUGACGUACAGCGAGUUAAGAUGGACACCCAGUGUGAAGGAUGCUGGCAAGGUGAUCUCCUGUCAGGCAGACUCUCCCGUGCUGGAGGCUGGCCCCAUGGUCGACGACUGGCGUCUCCAGAUAUAUUAUGUGCCUAUGACCAGACUUCGUCCAGGCCGCUCUCUCAACCUCAGCAAUAUAGAGGAGGGCGAUGACGUCUAUUUUGAGUGUUCCAUCAGAUCCAACCCUUGGGUCUACAAGAUCAGCUGGCUACACGAGGUAAGGCCGCCAAUCUCUGAUGCUCCUAUGUACAAAUGA